UAAUAUUGAUUUGUGCCUCAGAACUUUCAGAAGCAUCCUUUAGUCAUGCUACAUGCUAGCCAUGCUACAAUGAAUAUAGCUACCUGGUAUUUGGAAGUACAUGGUAUUCCUGAAUGUAUUUCACAAAAUCAGAAUGCUGAAAUCGUAUGAUCACAUAUGAAUGGGAAUGGCUCCGUGGACAUGGAAAGCCUGAGAGCACACCUCAACUGUCAGAAUGCGGAUGUUAACCAGCAGACAACUGUGGAAACCAGCCAUACCUGCUAAUGUCACUCUGACUCCCGUUCUGAGCACUUCUCCUGGAAGUUCAUGACAGACCAGCAUGCAGCCCCUCGCUCUGCUCCUGCCUGCUCUCUCCCUGACGCUCGCCUCGUCUUUUUCAUCUCUAUAUAGUGAGGUGCCAGACAUCUUUAGUGAUGACUCUGCGGGUUAUGGGCCCGUGUUUGAGGAGCUGCCCAUGGACACCAUCUACCCCGAGGAGUCGCCUGAGGCGAAGAUCACCCUGAGCUGCCGAGCGCGGGCCAACCCACCUGCCACAUACAGGUGGAGGCUUGAGAAAGUAGAAAUCGACUUGGACAAGACAGCCGACGACCACUACAGGCUUGAGGGUGGCAACCUGGUCAUCAGUAAACCAGACAAGAGCAAACACGUUGGGAACUACACCUGCGAAGCCACCAACAGCUACGGAACAGUGAUCAGCAGGAAAGCCACGGUCCAGUUUGGAUUCUUGGAUGCGUUCGCCACGGAGGAGCGAGAGGCCGUCUUUGUGAAGGAGGGUCAGGGAGCAGUGCUGCUCUGUGCUCCCCCUCCUCACUACCCAGAUGAUCUGUCCUUCCGCUGGAUGCUCAACGAAUUUCCUGUCUUCAUUCUACCUUCCGAGCGUCAGUUUGUCUCGCAGACCAACGGGAAUCUGUACAUCUCCAAAGUGGUGGCGUCCGACAGCGGCAACUACUCCUGCUUCAUGUCCAGCCGCUCGAUCGCCAAGAGCGUUUUCAGCAAGUUCAUACCUCUGGUGCCACUGUCUGACCGUCAUCCACGGAAGUACCCAGCCGACAUCAAAGUCAAGUUCCCAGAGACGAAUGCCUUGGUUGGCCAGAACAUCACAUUGGAAUGCUUCGCCCUGGGAAAUCCCAUCCCAAAGAUGCAGUGGAAGAAGAUGGACGGGGAUCUGCCAGCCACACACGAGAUCGUCAUGGCCGGGGGUCAGCUGCGUCUGAUGAACGUGCAGUACGAGGACGAGGGGACCUACGAGUGUGAGGCCAUCAACGCCAAAGGGAAGGACUGGCACAGAGCGAAGGUCAAUGUGGAGGCGGCCCCCGAGUGGGUGGAACACAUCAUCAGCGGCGAGCAGGACAUCGGCAGCUCCUACACCAUGCCCUGCGAGGCCAGCGGGAAGCCCAAGCCACACAUCCGCUGGCUGAAGAACGGCCACCCGUAUGGCAAACACGAGGUGAAGUUCGACGAGCUUGUCUUCGAGGAUUCGGGGAUGUAUCAGUGCAUUGCGGAGAACCGCCACAGCACCAUCUUUGCCAACGCCGAGCUACGCGUGUUCGCGGGUGGCCCUACUUUUGAGCUCAACCCAGUGAAGAGGAAGAACCUGGGGGCAAAGAACGGCCGGAUGGUGAUCGAGUGCAAGCCCAGGGCGGCCCCCAAGCCUCUGUUCUCCUGGAGCAAAGAGACAGAGAUGCUGUCCAAUUCUUCCAGGAUAUUGAUUUGGGAAGAUGGAAGCCUGGAAAUUCUCAACCUUACCAAAGGAGAUGAUGGGAGGUAUACAUGCUUUGCUGAGAAUGAAAGAGGGAGGGCCAACAGCACCGGCUCCCUCUCCAUCAAAGAUGCGACCAUGAUCACCCUGGCGCCCUCCAGUGCAGACGUCCCGGUUGGUGAGGACGUCCGAAUGCAGUGCGCUGCGUCACAUGACUCCGCGCUGGACAUCACCUUCAUCUGGUCCUUGGACGGCCGGGCCAUUGACUUUGACAGAGAGCGCGAGCAUUAUGAACGCGUGGAGGGAGACUCCAGCGGAGAGAUGCAGAUCAAGAGCACCCAGCUGAAGCACGCCGGCCACUACACCUGCACAGCCCAGACCCCAGUGGACAACGUCACAGCAUCCGCAGAACUGGUUGUCCGAGGCCCUCCUGGAGCCCCUGGUGGAGUGCGUUUGGAGGAAGUCCGAGAGAAGGCUGUGCGUCUGAUCUGGAGUCAGGGCAAAGACAACCACAGUCCGAUCUCCAAGUAUACCAUCCAGUACCGAGACCUGCGCUCAGCUGGAGAAUGGAGAGAGGCUGUGACCUCCCCUCCAAUUGUGGAAGGCAACGCAGAAACCGCCACGGUGGACGGCUUGAUUCCGUACUCAGAGUACGAGUUCCGGGUCAUAGCGACCAACACAUUGGGCACCGGCGAUCCAAGCGACCCAUCCCGUAAGGUCACCACCCUGGAGGCAGUUCCUGUGGUGGCACCUUCAGACGUUGGUGGAGGAGGAGGAACCAAAGGGGAGCUGAUUAUCACAUGGACGCCUAUGCAGCCAGAGUACUUCUAUGGCAAGAACUUUGGCUACAUCGUGGCCUUCAAGCCCCUGGACGGCAGUGAGUGGAGGAAGGUGACGGUAGCAGACCCUCAGGCCAGACGCUACGUGCACAAGGACUCCUCCACCCCCCCCUUCACCGAGUUUGAGGUCAAAGUCAAGGCUUUCAACGACCAAGGAGGGGGUCCCUACAGCCUCACAGCAAUCGUAAACUCAGCACAGGAUGUUCCAUCAGAGGCUCCCAGUGUUGUAGAUGGCAGGGCCCUAUCAGCCACGGAGGCUAUGCUAUUCUGGAGUCCUGUUAUGCCUCAGUCUAUAAAGGGCUAUCAGCUGAAGUACUGGAGGAAGCAGGUGGAGAAUAAUUCAACCAAUCCACCUAUCAUGGUGUCCAACUGGGACAACCAGACUCGUUUGGAGAAGCUGAAGCCCAACUCACACUACGUCAUGGAGGUGCGGGCAUUUAACUCGGCUGGACUGGGACCCGCCAAACGUGUUGAGGUUUCCACCAAGAAAGCCCCACCAAGUCGACCUCCUAAAAUAGUCAGCACGAAGCUGAACCCCGGUGGCGCCUCAGUCAACAUCAUGUGGGAGCACGUGCAGCCUCUGGCCAACGAGUCCAAGGUCGACGGCUACAAGAUCCUCUACAGACAUGAUCUCCAUGGACCAGGGCAGUUAUAUCAAACACCCAAGCAGCAUAUAGACUUGCCAAUACACAAGGAUGGGAACUCUCUAAUAGAGGUCCGUGCACACACUGAAGGUGGGGACGGGGCAGUGGCACAAGUGCGGAUCCCAGGUGGCCAAACAGGUGGAGCCAGGAUGGACGUCCAGUCCCUCAGCCUGGCCGCGCUGCUCUUGGUGGCGCUCUGGUGUGUGGGACUCUGAAUGUAGCGCCAUUCUUACCUGUCUUCACCCCAACCUUGGUGAAGAGGACUCUGUAAGGAUGUUGCCUGUGAGGACUUAGACACUUUCCACAGCCCUUUUGGUUUCGACCUCGCAACCAAAAUGCCAUAUUUCCCACCCUGGAAAGAAAAAGACAGAAUGCGGGGGGGAAAAAAAGUUUUCAGAAAGUACAAAGAUAUCCAGGAUAUCCCUUAUUUAGUAUCUUCAUAAUAUCUUUGGAUGAGCAACGAAGGAGAUCUCUCAACUUGUUCAAUAUGCCUUAUAUAAAUAUCUUCAUUUAUCUUUCACAGAUGAAGUACUUGCUCUAAUUGAUAUGGGUUGGAAAUUAUUUUCUUUUGUGGUUUUAUUUGUUGAUAUGUAAUGCAGAUCCACCCAUAUGCAUGGGGGACAUUAAAUACUGUUGCCUUCAGGCAUGAUAUGAGAUUUUGUGUUGUCUUCAACAAUAUGCUCCAUAUCUACUGCAAGUAAUUCACAAUGAAAGAUAGGUGUAAGGAUGUCAGAAAUUGUCUUACGUGUAGUUUGCAAAUAAGUGGCUUUUCCCUUUUUUUAUUGUUUCAAUAAUAAAGCACACCUUCCCUUAACAGAUCAAAUCAAAUGACCCAACAAUUCAGGCAUAUAUAUGUACAAUAUUAAACAUAAUCUUCAAUAUAGAAGCUCGUAUUAUGCUAAUAUUAUAUAUGCAAUAAUUUAUAAGCUAUUGAUUUCUUCAUGAUCAAACAUUACUUUUUUAUCAUAUCAACUCACCCUUAUUAAAAUAUAAUUUUAUUCAGAAUUAUUCAGAAAUUGUGAUUUCGUUGCCCUAACAAGUGGUUCGGUACAAGUAAUAUACUUUUGUGCAUGUAGACAUGUUACCUGAAUGGGGAAUACAAAUGCUAAACUGUUAAUAAUGUCCAAUCGACCGCAGAAACGCAGCAAAGAGUGUUAAACAUGCUCAUGUGAAGCACAUGUAUUUGUGUUUGUAAAACUAAGUUGAAUGUACAGUGUACGUCUGUAGUGAAGAGGUGAAGCUACACUUAGCUACCCAUGCAACUUACGAUUUCAAACACAAACAGAACGCCACACGUGCUAAGGACAUGGCUACAUUGAGAUUGUGUCGUGUCAUCAUGUCGAGAUCACGGCUGUCAUUGCUUUGCUUUAACAUUCCACCAAUAUUGUGUUGUAUGUUGCGUGCCCAACCAUAGACACAUACAUUACAAUAUGGGACAUCAUUUCCCCAAAGGACAGGUACCGAGCACAAUAAAGGCCUUUGUUUUGAUCAUAUCCACAGAACCUCAGUCUCACAGUGCUCUGUGAAGAAUGUCAGCAUUUCCAUUUACUAUUUACUAUCAUUGAACUGAAUUGUUUUAGAACUGCUAUUAUUAUUGUCCUCAUGGUCCAAGUAGCAGUGACAUGUGUACAAUAGUCUUCACACAGUUAUAAGUACGGUUAUGGUACAAUGUCUAAUGCAUAGCAGCCUGCUAUGCACCGUUUGUUUUGUUGUUUAAAAAAUGACAACUUGCCUAGCUCUGUAAUAUGUCUUCUCCAUCUUGAUCUCGUGUCAUCUUUUAUCAGCUGUUGAAAAAAGCAGAAGACAACAACCAUUCCACCCUUAACUAUGUGAAAAACAUCCCUUGACUGCAUUUAAUCUGUUUCUACUGUUUGUCUGUCUUUUUAAAAACUGAUGUCUUUUUCUUUGUCUUUAUAACACAUACAGUGCAAGUGUUCAAAGAUAUGUCAAGUCAAAUAAUGUACUUCUGUUUGUUGGUAAAUUACAUUAUGACCUGCGGUUUAUUUGAUAAUAGAGGUAUAUUGUGUUUCCAUAUGCUGCAUUUCCAUAGUUCCGCCAGAGCACCCAAUGGAGAUCCUCCAUGAAAUCGAAGUUUUGUGUGUUGACUCUCAGCAGAAAAGGGGAUUCUAGCUUAGCAAUAUGAGAUGAUGGGGCUUUAAUGGCCACAACAGUGAGUCCAAUAUCUCACAGAACUGAUGCAAGAGUCAUCAGAAUUUGGAGGUUGGGGAUAACAUAUUUAAUUUGGAUUCAUCUGCUUGAGGGCCUCUUUACGUGUGACUGGUCUUAGCCGUUGCUUAUCCCAUUUUGUGAGUAUAUCAAGAACCACCACAAAGUGCUUUUCCCUGUCUCCUUCAUGCAGCGAAUCAUCAGUGAAAGCAUUGCCAAAUGCAUGAAACGCCUUUAACUUUUUGCAAUCUGUGAUAUUCUGAUGAAAAUGGUAUGUCCUCAGAUGCAUGACUGAAAGAAAUGGUACAUUCUGUUUGCCGAGGAGCUCCAUAUAUAACAACUGAUUGACAUUUACAAUACGUGCAUCUCAACUUAUUCUGAUCUAUUUGUUUUUUUUUGUGGAGACAAGAUUAUUCAUCCUGGAUGAUCCCAUCACAAGCCUAAUGUCAGAAUCCUCUGCUUUUCUUUCAGACAGUUCCCUUGAUUAAUGGUAGAGACAGAACCAAACACGACUGACCAAGUGUACAUUUCACUCAUUCAUGUACUUGCAGGACUAUAGGCUCUGUAAGUGAGCAUUCUGUACCUCAUGUUAUGCAGUCGGUUUUAAUGUCAUCACUGUUGUUUGGCUUUCGGACAAAGGUUUGUGUGUAUGUGUGUUCACUAGUGGGUGUUGUAUGAAGUCAAUUCAGUUCAGAGGAUCAAACUGAUCCGUGUCCCUUACCUGCCAAUGUUCAUAGUUACCCCCACCCUUAGAACUGCCUUCACUUCAUAAAACACUAACUGUGGUGUUUUCUUUGCCACUGGGUAAGUUAAUGUGUGUGAGGCUUACUUCGAUGUUCACUGCACAAACUUUUGGGGGUAAAACCUGGCUCUCUCAUUGGCUGGAUAUGAAAUGAAUUAUGAAUUACAAUAAAGUAGUUAACUAUGAGUUUGCAAAA